AAAGAGGAAGAAUAAAACACAACGUGAGCGAUCCAGAAGAGCGAGCUUGGAUCCGUAAUUCCAUAAUCUCCUUCUUCUCGCUCUCUGAUGAAGUAAUUGCAGAAUCUCUCUCUCUCUCUACCUAUAUUCACUUGAAUUAUUAUAUACGGAAAGCAUGGCAACGAGUAGCCGAGAGGCGCGACGACGUCGUAUCGUGGACAGAGGAUCGGACCGUUUAGCUCUUAUCACCGGUCGAAUCCAAACCCUACCUUCGUCGUCGUCAUCAUUAGAGCCAUAUGAUUCGGAGACGGCCCCAGGUCCUCCGUUGAUCUCUCACGAGCACCAUGAUCGUGAAUCCCUUCUCUCAGUUUCUCCUCGCGGUGAGGAUCAACCCUUUAGUUCUUUGUUGCCAAAGCAUGAAACUGGCAGAGAGUCUGCCCAGUUUAAAGCCUCUCACGGUGAAAUCAGAGGAGAACAGCUUUUGCGAAAACAUGACACAAUCAGUGAAUCCUCGAGAUCUCCAGCUGGGGAAGUUGAUGACAGAGUACAACCAUCUUUAGUUUCAUCAGCAGUACAAAUUUCUUCAGUUUCUGCUUCAGACACGGAGCAUCGUUUUCAACCGCACAUCCAUCACCGCAAAUUGUUCACCCCGAACCAAAUACGUUCUGCCGUCUCAGCUUCAGAGAGUACUCGCAUUUAUUGUUCACUAGCGGCAGCGAUUUUAGUAGUUCUGUCGUACGUUGGAUUUCCUGUCCUAGGCAGCUACAUGAUAAAGAACAUCGUACUUCGGAGGCCACUAUAUCUACUUUUGCUUACCAAUAUAUCAAUUGUGCUUGCACGGCUUCUUUUAGAAAAUCAAAGAGGGUUUGCAAGGAGUGAGCAAGGAGGAAAUAAUAUUCCUUCGAUAGGGGGAAAUGGUUUGGCUGAACAGGUAGGCAACGCUUUGGAGUCGGGGUUGGUGUUGCAGAACAUCAUGGGUGCAGUGUUCAUGGAUUGCAGUGUCUAUGCGAUAGUUGUCAUAUGUGGCCUGUCCCUGGCACAGAAAGUCGGCUGGUAAAUUAUUCAUUUAAUUUUUAUAUAUGGUAUUAGUUCAUAAAGUUGUACGAGUUGGUUGCCCAUAUUUGGCCAAAUCUGCAUCUAAUGAGACUUUUCUUUAGUUGAGGUAUCGACAAUUUAAGUAUGGUUUAAUUUUGUGUACUUUCCUUCACAUUUUAUACGUUGAAUUCAAGUCGGAAGGGAUUGGUUCCUGAUUCA